GGUUGUGUCUAGCAUUACCACCCCACCAUUUUGAUCCAAUCAAAUCUGUAACCUGCAGCACCAACCUCUCUACAAGGCAUCAUGAAUUUCGUUGGUGUAUUAUUGGCACUUGUUGCCCUUUUCACAGUCGUCUCCGCAGGUGGUUAUGGUGGAGGUGGUGCCGUCCACAUACCCGCCCCGCCCUGCCCCAAGAAUUACAUGUUCAGCUGUCAACCCAAUUUGUCUCCAGCUCCCUGUGCUCAACCUGCUGCUGCUUAUGGGUCAGCGGGUUCAUACUCCGAGAAUUAUCCCACCAUAGUGAAUCCACCCUUCCCCGGUCAACAUGGAGCUGGUUAUCAACAAUUCAAUAACGGACCUAAUUAUCCCAAUUUUUAUAUACAAGGCGGACCAUCUAACUAGGACUUUCUGAUUUAUGCUUAAGGAUUUGUUACUUAAUAAAAUUAAUGAAAAACAUUACUACACCAUCUAAA